GCGGAGCAAUUACAAGAGAACUUGCUUCAGUCUGCUUUAUAAACAGACAAACAAAAAAAGAAACCACUUCACCAUUCAGCAGGACAAAAGUUUCAAACACAAGGUGAAAUCUGAAGAACUUGGAGCAAAUCUUCCAGGAAGAAUGAGCGAUGAUUACUUUUACAAGUCACUGUGGCAUUGCUUUUGACACGGUGACUUAAUCUCACUUAAUAUAUUAAAAUGUUAUAAAUCAAAAUUCAACGUUUACUGUCUGUACAUUUAUAAACAAUAACACAUAAUUGUUGAUCUUAUCACGUGGCAUUAAAUGUCAGCAUGCGCGAAAGAGCAAUUUUCCAACAAUUAUCAUGGUUUAUUUUAAAAAUUGAUGGAUUUUAUUAAUUGCCUUUUAUUAUGAUAUAUUUUACUGGUUUACAGACAAGCUCACAUUUCACAUUAAUUUUAGAAGAAAGCAGUGCAGAUCAUUAGAGUUAAUCCUUCCUGUGUGCACCUCUCUGUGUGUUUCAGGUGUACUGGGUAAAAAGUGUUGGGGUGUGACUUACACUCGUAAACAUGUGUGUGCUCUGAAAGACGCAUCAGUUGAUCUCUCUUGUGCUUAUAACCAUCCAGCAGGACACACAGUGAUAAAAUCAGUCUGGUUCAUUAAAAAGCAGGUUGGCGUUGAACCUGUGGAUGUGAGAGACGAUGAGGAGUAUCAGGGCCGAGUGCAGUACACACAGAUCUCCCAGAAUAACUGUAGUCUGAGAAUCACUAACCUGAGAGAGAGAGACGCUCAAACAUACAGAUUCAGAUUCUACACUGAUGGGGGUAAAUACACCGGUGAUCCUGGAGUCUCUCUGUCUGUCACAGGUAAAGCAACAUAACUAUACAUUUACUUAACUACAUUUACAGAGAUGAAAAAUAAUACACUAAUUUAUUAUUUACAGAUCUGAAGGUGACAGUAUCAGACUGGAGUGAGCAGUACAUGAAUCUGAGCUGCAUCACCACCUGCACUCUGUCUAACAACCCCACUUACAUCUGGUACAAGAACAGACAGCGUGUGUCUGAGUGUAAAUCUGCCUCCUGCUCUGUAGCUGCAGUCGAUGGUGCGGUCAGUUACAGCUGUGCUGUUGAAGGCCAUGACAGUCUCCUCUCUCCUCCAGUGUAUUCUCCUAAAAACACCAGAGCAGUGGUUCUUUCCUCUGGAGACACAGUGGAGGGGGAUUCAGUGACUCUGAGCUGUAGCAGUGAUGCAAACCCUCCUGUUCUCACCUACUCCUGGUUUAAACAGCGAGCAGCUGCAGACACACUGCUGACAACAGGCCAGAAUUACAGCAUCAGCAACAUCAGCUCCCAGCACAGCGGACUGUACUACUGCACUGCUCACAACCAGCUGGGACAGCACAACUCUACACCGACACUCCUGGAUGUGAAGGGUAACUCUACACCAACACACCUGGAUGUGUUAUGUAACUCUACACCGACACACCUGGAUGUGUUAUGUAACUCUACACCGACACACCUGGAUGUGAAGGGUAACUCUACACCGACACACCUGGAUGUGUUGGGUUUGGAGAAGAACAUCGUGUUGAAGUUCAUCAUAGUGGGACUGGUUGCCUUCCUGGCAGUAACACUCAUCCCAGGAGCUCUGUGGAUGUGGAAGAAGAAGUCGAGCUCAGCUAAUGGCCACAGCAGCACUGGUGAGAGUGGACAGCGUCACUCUCCUGCUGUUUAUGAAAAUGUCUCAGCCUCAGACUGCAGUGGAAGAGUCACCUCAGAUGAUCAGGAUGACGUUCACUAUGCCAGUGUUGUCUUUAAAAACUUCUACACACAGGAAGUGUCUCCGUCACCCAGACUUCCUCCAGACACCACAGAGGACGAGGAUGUUCAGUACGCUGCUGUGAAUGUUAGCAGGAGAACUGCUGCCAUCCAGCUUGUGGCAGACGAAGCAGCUGAUGAUCCGUCUCAGCUCUACAGCAAGAUCCAGAAACUCCCCACUUCAGCAGUGUAGCCCAUCAUUAGUCCUGUGGCCUGGGAUCUAAAAGCUAAAGAGGUAGCACUUCAGGUUCCUGGAAAAAAGCUGAGAGAGAUGUGAUAGUUCUGUUCUGUAUCUCUGUUUUAACCCUCAACACUGCUUCCAAAUCUAACAGGAGAAGAGGGACGGCUUUAACAUUUUAUUAGCGUACUGGUACCAGUAUUAUUGAUUAGAUAGUGUAUUGUUGUGCUGUAUGCUGUUUUAUCUUAAAAGUAUGGACGCAGUUCAGGAUUUUAGGAAAUAGAAAUUUAGAUUAACAAUUCAGUUUAUUUCUUACCUACAUUUUACUUUUUUUGGCUCCUUUAGAAUAUUUAUGAACACGUGGUUGGUUUAUUUUUAUGUUGGAUUAAAUGCUAUUUAAUGUAUUUUUGUGACUUGUAUGUAUGCGUUCAACAUAUGUUCUUUUGUUUUCCAGAUUUAGGUUUAGAUGUAGGUCCUUAAGAAACCUUAAGAGGAACCAGACUCAAAGACGAACCCCUCCUCGUCUGGGUGACACCCGAUAAUGAGAUCACAAAUCGUUACAGUAUACAGCUGUAGAAGAGUAAAUCCAAGAGUCUUGGGAUAAGUACAGGACAAUCUUUAUGAUUACAGCAGCAGUUCUCAUGUACAAGUCAACAGUAUCUGAUUAUUAGAUUAUCCACUGAAGCAAGUGUGUGACUAUUGGUUGUUGACUGUGUUUGUGAAGUGCAAAUAUUUGAGGUAUCCAAAGUGGCUUGUGAUAUUAAUAACGACAACACCUCAAACAAUCUUUUGUAAGGAGUAACUGAUGCAUAUUAGUUUGGUGUGUUAUUAUUGAUUGAUGUGAGUGUGAGUGUGUGCGCCUGCGUGUGUGUACAUGCCACCUUUUCUUGUGUUUGUGUCGACUCACGUAAACUGCAAUGAAUAAAGUGUGCUGCAAAGCCCUAAACAUGACACAGA